UCCCCUCCUCUCAAAUCUCUGCCCCUCUUCUCCUCUGCCUCCCUCCCUCCCUUUCUCCUCUCUCUUUUCCCCUUCCCCUCUCCGGUCUCCGGCGGUGAGCUCCGUCCGUCUUCCGUCGUAACGGCGGGUGGCGGAUUCCGAUCAUCCUCUUAACUUUCUGCCAAUGCUUUGGCUCGGAUGUGGAGCCACGCGUCUCCCGUAUCGCCACUUGGGGCGUCCAGGAAGCGGAAGGACCGGGACUGGUCCGACUCCCAUCGGACCCAGAUGCCACCAAAAGCCGAGCCGAACUCCUUGGCGGCGGCUCACCCGGCUCCGUCCAGCAACCAGCUUCUAGCCGGUUACCUGGCCCACGAGUUCCUCACCAAAGGGACCCUCUUCGGCCAGCGGUGGGAGCCGGCCCGGUCCGAACCGGAGAAAAGCCUGGAGACGGUUCGACCGGCUGUCCGGGACGAGCCGGAGCCGGCCAAGCCGCAGAGGGCGUACGUGGAGGUGUCGCACUUGGUGAAGAUGGGAGGGGUCCACAUUCCGGGAGUCGUCAACCCGACACAGUUGGCUCGGUGGCUCCAGAUGUGAGAAAGGAGGAGAGUCCGCGGGGCACCACACCGUUCCGAGACGAUACGUGGCGUGGAUCUCUUGGUGGUCGGACGGCGUUCGACUCGUGUGGAAACAAAAUCUUCGGCCGCUGCUGUUGCUGCUGCGCUGGCUGCAUGCAUGAGUCUCGAGGUGGUGGUAAGUGAACCGAGACGCAAAAAGAUCAAAGGAAAAGAAAGAAGGAAAAAAAAGGGUACAGAAAGAAAUGGAGCUUUCCCUUUUUCUUUCUUUCUCAGCUCUGAAACUAGCUUUUUAAUUUGUUUGUUUGGUAUGAUAUUUAUGGGUGGAAUGGUGAUUAUCGUCUAAGUUUGCAUUUGUGAAUCUUUUGGUGUUCAGAUGCGCUCUUAUCAUCUGUUAUAUACUUUGUUUGAUAGAGAUUAAUAUUCCAAAAAGAAUAUUUGUCUAAGAUGGUACUAGGAUACAUUCAAAAUAAAACCUGGACUGAUAGAGACUAAUGUUUGAUAGAGAUUA